GAGCGCAGAUAAAGAGACGGGAGCGCAUCUUUGUGUCAGACACCUGAUGAGCAUCCGCCAAACUCUUCAAACAAGCGGAACUUCAUACGAGAUAUUUGUUCUUUACUUCUGGAUUUUAUCGAAGCACUAUAUAAAAAGGGAACCUUCUAAGUCUUGGAGAAAGAGUAUUACUUUAUUAUUACUGGACUUUUAGAGAUGGCUCUGUCUUUUCGACGCAGGUGUUUUCUUUUGCUGUGUUUGACAGCUAUUCAGAGUGGUCAUGCUGCCGUUCAGACGUGCAUGGAUAAGCACCAGGUGGUUGGGGUGCUUCGACAAAUGGAGAAAUUUCUGAAAGGCCAGGAGAUGCGAUUUACAGAGGGCCUCAGGAUCAUGAAGUCAAAGCUGGCAACGCUUCAGAACUCUGUCUCCAAGUUACCUCAAGCUGACCAGUCCGCUGCUCCCACCACCUGCCCCUCUCUUGAAGCCCCUGCUCAUGGAACCAAGUUUGGCUCAAAGUAUUUUGUCGGACAUGAGGUCCAUUUCACUUGUUCCCAGGGUUACCAUCUCGUCGGUUCUGCCACCCGCGUGUGCCGGGACAACGGCACCUGGACUGGCAUCAGUGCCAUCUGUAAAGAUAUAAGUGAGUGUGCAAGUAAUCCCUGCCAAAAUGGAGGUACCUGUGUGGAAGGUGUCAACCAGUACAAAUGCACCUGCCCGCAGAACUGGAGUGGCUCUCACUGUCAACACCAAACCCAGACAGCACCACCUGAGUGGAGUGUUAUGAAUGACCCAGCGUUCAGCCGGAGACCUCGCUGUGCCCAAGUGAACCGAGCCCAACACUGCAGCUGUGAUGCAGGCUUCCACAUGAGUGGCACCUCUGACAACAGUAUCUGUCAGGAUGUAAAUGAGUGUGAAGUGUACCGGCUGGAAGCUGGGGGGAAGCUGUGCAUCCACGAAUGUGUGAAUGUCCCGGGCUCGUACCACUGCUCCUGCCCCAGUGGCUACAAGUUGCUCCCAGACGGGCGGAGCUGUGAGGAUGUGGACGAAUGUUUAAGCCAGCAGCACAACUGUAGCCGAGGGACAACUUGUAUCAACAUGGGGGGAGGCUUUCAAUGUGUCAACCCAGAGUGUCCCCGUUCUCAUGGCAACAUCAGCUACGUCAAGACAUCUUCCUUUCAGUGUGAGAGAAACCCGUGCCCAAUGGACAGCCGCUCCUGCCACCUGGCCCCUAAGACCGUCUCCUUCCACUACCUGUCUUUGACCUCCAACCUGCAGACUCCUGCAACGCUUUUCCGUAUGGCGACCGCUGCAGCCCCGGGGCGCACCGGCCCUGACAGCCUGCGCUUCGGCAUUGUGGGCGGAAACUCCCGAGGGAUCUUUGUCAUGCAGCGUUCAGACAGACAAACUGGUGAGCUGAUAUUGGUCCAGCAGCUGCGCGGGCCGCAGGAGAUCAGCGUCGAUGUGGACAUGUCUGAGUACAGUGACCGCACCUUUCAGGCCAAACAUGUGGCCAGAGUUAACAUUCUGGUUUCACCUUAUAACUUCUGAGAGCGAGCUGGGGAAGGAGGAACACUAGAGACAGAAAGGUGAAGAAGAAGAAGGAGAAGAGUGUAAGGGGCACUGAGUUUACUGAUACUGUUACUUCAUCCCCUAUCAGAAAUUAAUUUGUCUAAGUCGCAGGUCAGCAUUUGUUCAGUGGCCAAAUAUCCAAAAGAGAAAGAGAGUGACAAGCCAAUAUUUAACAGUUAUAUUAUAAAUAACAAUAUAUGGCAAAACAGAUCUUAGAUGCUUUAAGUAGUGUCACUUUGAGCUUUGACUGAUGAUGUUUGACUGUGUUUGAAUGCAUGAAAACUAAACAAAAGCAUGAAUGUUUUGGGAGAGAUGGAGAGCUGUUUUUGACAUUGCUGUUGCUUUAUGUUUGUAUUUUGAUGUCCAUCAUAGAUCAUGUCUGUGUAGCUCAGGGUCUGGCCCCGGGGCUGAUGCACUGCCCACGCUUCAUCGAUGAUAAAUCCCUGUAAGACAUUAGUGCUCCUGUGGCUCUAAUUUAUUGGAAAUAUUAUUGCUGGUUUUUACAUUGUAACAUACUGUACGCCACAUGUUUAUCUUCCAUCAUAUAUUGUAUAUUUGUUUUUCUUUUGUACUAGCUUGCCUUGUUUAAGGCACCAUCCAUUAUACUAAGGGAGUUUUUUUAAACAGUAGAUGCAGUACUGUACCUGGACAUAUUUCCACUGUUACUCAUAUUCUGUAUGUUACCCAGAAAUCAUUAUAUUCUACAUCAAAGAUCAUUUGGCAAGCUUGCAAAUGCACUACACAAUUUAUAUGGAAUUUUAAUUGUCUCUGCAUAACUGAAAUAAAGUCUAACAUUUCAGUAUUUGUUAGAACUACCUCACUUGACGCUGAGCAGUGUGCUAUUAAAUGUCCUUGUGGCAGUGCAUGUUUUCAUACUACAUCCAACAUGAGUGAAUUUUAAUUAGCGAAAUUCAAACCAAUGCACAGUUGAUGAAUGAACGCUGGAUGGCUAUAAAAAGUUCUCUGACUGAAUGGAUGAAAGGUUAGAGAGGAGGAAUGUGUAUUUUAUAAUACAGCCCCUGGAGCUCAAGUUCACAGACAAUGCAAGCCAAGACAGCAUUUCCCACGUCUCGGAAACAAAAGGACUUUCACAGUAUUUCUUUUUGACUUUAAUACAAGGAACUGUCACAUUUUGAAAAACACAUCUUAGUGUGCUACUUGUUAGAGAAAGAAGAGACUAAUGUUCACCACAUGUGUUCUGUUAACUUCCUUCACUCUGUCCCCCUCUCACGU